CUUUUCUCUCUCUCUUUCUCUCGUUCCUUUUUUCUCUCUCUUUUUUUUUAUAUUAUUAGUUCACUUUUUUGAUGAUCCCAUCAAAAUUGAAAAGAGAACAAAAGUUGAAUACUGUUUUAUCUGAACAUCAAGAAAAGCGGCAACGAACAUUAGAUACUGAAGAUACAACAAUGACACAAAACGAUUCCCAAAAUGUAGGCUCUCAAAUGUCUCUUGAAUACACUAACAAGGUCGAUAAGGAUGAUUCAUUAUCUGAAGAAAUUGAAAACGACGGGAAUAUUACUGCAUUAGAUUCUCCACAGAUUACCCAAAUACUAGAACAAUGCAAAAUCUUAGUGAUUGGUGCUGGUGGACUUGGUUGUGAAAUACUCAAAAAUUUAGCUCUUACUGGUUUCAAGCAAAUUCAUGUCAUUGAUAUGGACACCAUUGACAUUAGCAAUUUGAAUAGACAAUUUCUCUUUCGGCAAAAGGAUAUUGGGAAAUCAAAGGCAAUAGUGGCGGCAGAAUUUGUGAUGAAUCGCGUUCCUGGAGUGAAAAUAGAGCCUUACUUUGGAAAGAUUCAAGAUAAGGAUGAUGAUUAUUACAGACAAUUUCAAAUUGUGGUAUGUGGAUUGGAUUCAGUGGAAGCGCGUCGUUGGAUCAAUGCAAAAUUGGUGGACAUGGUGGAUGAAGAUGAUCCUGAAAGUUGGAAACCCCUCAUUGAUGGUGGUACAGAAGGAUUCAAAGGCCAAGCGCGUGUGAUACUCCCGACAAUGACUUCUUGCUAUGAAUGUUCACUGGAUAUGCUCAAUAAAGGAACAACCUAUCCGAUUUGUACUAUUGCCAAUACCCCUCGAUUACCGGAGCAUUGUAUAGAAUGGGCUUCUGUAUUAGAAUGGCCUAGAGUAUGGGGAGAAACGAAAUGUGACAAUGACAAUCCUGAACAUAUACAAUGGCUUUAUGAAAAGGCACAAAUCCGUGCACAACAAUUCAACAUCACUGGCAUUACAUAUUCCUUAACUCAAGGCGUAGUCAAAAAUAUCAUCCCUGCCAUUGCUUCCACUAAUGCUGUCAUCGCCGCCUCAUGUUGUAACGAAGCCUUCAAAAUCGCAACCAACGCUGCUCCUUAUCUCAACAACUAUAUGAUGUAUACCGGCAAUGAUGGUGUCUAUACCUUUACCUUUGAACAUCAAAAAAAACCUGAAUGUCCAGUCUGUGGUAACGCUUCCAUGUCUGCUGAAUUGGAUCCAAGAAUGACAUUAUCGGAUUUGAUGGAAUGGUUAAAUGAAAAACCCGAAACACAAUUGAAGAAACCAAGUUUAAGGACAGCCACUACAUCAUUAUAUAUGCAAGCACCUCCUGUAUUAGAAAAAGCGACAAGAGCAAAUCUUGACAAGGCGAUUGGGGAUCUUAUAGAAAAUGGGGAUUUUAUCACCGUCACCGAUGCUGCUUUGCCGGUCAGUCUACAAAUCAAGGUCCAUUGGAAAUCAUUAGCAUAGAUCUUUUUUAUUGUCCAUAUUAUAAUAAAAAAUAUGAUUGUACACCACUGUAA